GCCGUACCGAACCGACUAGUCGGCCAACGCUCGUUAACACCAGUGCUCGCUCCGUCAGCCGCUCUUCCAUGCAAACGCUCCGGUGACAUGGCUUCCGCCCUUUUGGGCAAGUGUAUCGGCUUACUAGCGAUCGUCCUUCUUCUCUACAGCUGCUGCUAUGCCUUCAGGAUACGCGAACACGCCGGCCAAACGGCCCCCUCGCCGCUGGACCAACCGCAUCACGCCACUUGCACUUCCAUCUUUGGCAGAUGCCAGGAGAAGACGACCGCGACAACGUCGACUACUCGAAAGUGGCACGACGCGCCAGCAUCGCGGCUUGCCAGCACUCGAAAACCACCUGUCGAGGUGACGUCGACCGAUGAUGACGACACGGGGACAGAGGGGGUACGAUCGAGAUUCGAAAGAACUGGACGUGAUGGGAUCGCGGGAAAAGCUAGGAGCGUUCAUGUCGACGAUGACGAAGACGAGGUGGUCGUGGAGGUGGAGGACUCGGGGGAAGAAGUGGCGAGCGACGAACAGGUAGCAGAGGAUUCUGAUGAAGACGAAGAUCAAGAUGACGAGGAGGAUGAGUCGGAAGAGCCGAAGACGAUUCAGAAGUUUAAAAGAAAGUCUGUGGAAGAUGAGAAAGAGUCGAAGGAGGACAUGAAAACGAAAAGUGUAGAGGAAGAAGAAAAGGAGGAAGAAAAAGAAUCAAAGGAUGAUGAAGAUGAUGAUGACGACGAUGAAGAUGAAGAUGAAGACGAAGACGAAGACGAAGACGAGGACGAAGAUGAAGAAGAAAAAGUAAUUCCUACUCCUCCACCAAGAAAGCUAGAAAAGGUCAGGCACGCGGAUAAAGACAAAGUUAGGUCAGCGGAAGUUGUAACUGUAGCACCUCCUCCGGAAAAGCCAAAGGUUAAACCCAAAGAAACACCCGAAACGGCGAAGAAAUCUGAAGAAACACCAAAGAAAGCCGACAGGCCGAAAACGUUAACCGAAAGUCCGACAAAGUCGAGCGAGGCUUCGAAAAAAGUCGAAUCCGCCAAGCCAACGAAACUUGAAUCGGAAUCGUCUAAACCUAAAGCAACAACGCAGUCGGAGGUGAAGAAGAAAGUUGCCGCGAAGGCGGAACCGCCGAAAGCGCAGGAACAACCGAAGAAAUCGGAGAAAGGAAAAGUGAAAACAGCCGGUGUGAAAUCCGUUCCGACUAAGCCCGCGGAAGUUAAACGAUCCGAUAAAGACGAGUCGAAAGAUAAAAGGAAAACGCGGACGCGCGAGCCUUUUACUUUGGCACAAUUGAACGAUGCAAUUCUACGAGUGCCGACCUUCGUGCCGAAUUUUACGAGCAUCGAAGAUUUCGAGUGUCAGCAGCACGGCAGGAUCUUCCUGAGACAGUUGAGGGGCUACAAGUUGUGGGCCCUGCAAAUGUUAGAUUCGAGUGCAAAAAUCCCGUCGGGCCUGUUGAGGGGAAACGUCAACCAGUUGGGAGAUUUUGACGAGUGUUUGGGAAUAAUGGCACACGUGAAAUUGGAUGACAAGACCAUAAAGGUGCAGGGCAAAUAUUGUUUAGCCAAUAUAGAUUUGUACCCGGCUCGCCCGGACAUGAAGCUUCCGGUUAAUAUGAUGCAGUCGCGAGCUUUCGUACGAGGAAACAUGAAUGACCCUGGCCAUUUUAUUCCAAAAUUCACGACAGUGAAUUGGGCACUGUGCCUUCCAGCAGCGUGUUCCGCAGAUGAUGCACAAAGCGUACUGGAACAAGCGCUGAGAGAUUACAAUUCUACGAUAGGAAUUAAGUUCAUAGUCGACGUUGAUCCUAACAUGUGUUACGUCAAACAGAAGUUACGAAGUUAUUCCAAAGAAACUAUAGGUGUUUUGUAUUUUUACGCAAUGGUAUUAUGUCUCGUCGUUGUGGCGACCGUGAGAGACUACCUGGUUGUAUCAGAAGGAAAAGGAAAUUAUUCGGAGAGAAUAAUAAUGUCCUUUUCCUUACGAAGAACCAUAAGAUCUUUAUUGAAAAAGGGAUCGAACAAAGCGGAAAUCACGUGCAUUCACGGAAUAAGAGCGCUCGUAACGAUCGUUCUUUACAUCGCUCAUCAGCUUAUACCAAUCUCAAGAUUACCCUUUUCCAAUCGAAUCGAACUUACGGAGGUGGCGAACAAUCCAGUUAGCUCCGUCUUAAGGGGAUCAAUGGUUUAUACGGACUCCUUUUUAUUGCUCAGCGGUGUUCUGACUGCUUACAAUAUGGCGCAUGAAUUUGUACAACGCGGCGAAAUCCGCUGGUUUUGUCGUUUUAUCGCAAGAUAUAUUAGGUUAACUCCAGCGUUACUCGCCGUGGUGUUUUGGUAUGCGUACGUAAUGGAACACACGGGAACGGGACCACAAUGGAACAGCAUCAUACUGCCAAACGCCGAGCUUUGUAAGAGCAACGCGUGGACGAAUUUACUGUAUAUACAAAAUUUCUUUCCUUUCGAAGAAAUGUGCGCUACUCAUACGCAUCAGUUGGCAUUGGACAUGCAACUGUCGUUGUUAGCUCCGAUGUUAGUAUUUUUCUUAGAGUUUAAGCCGAUCGUUGGAGUUAUUUUAGUAUUCUUCUUCGUUUUACUAUCAGCCACGCUUCGCUAUAUAGCGACGAUGAACAACUAUCUUUCCUUAGUGAUUUUUCACGGAAUGUCACUAAAGCACCUUUACAGGACCGCAAAUUUAAUUUACGUAUUGCCAUUGCAUAGAGCCACGCCAUACAUGUUUGGCGUAACGCUUGGUGUGCUGCUGCGUUACACCGGAAAAGACGUCAGGAUCCACAAGGUGUUGGUGAUCUUGGGAUGGUUAAUCGCGAUGGCCUUGGGAUCGUGGUCGUUAUUUUCACCCUGGCACUUGGCCAGGAGGGACUACGUGUACGAUGCUGAAGAAGCAACCCAUUACGCCGUUAUCAGUCCGGUUGUGUGGGCUUUGGCCUUGUGCUGGCUCAUAUUUGCAUGCUACACGAAUCACGGAGGUCCAAUAAACAGAUUCCUCUCGAAUCACUGGUUGGUGAUCUUCAGCAGAAUUUCGUACGCGGUGUACUUGACGCAAUUCACAGUAUUCUUCUACAACGUUGGGACCACCAGAUACUCCAGCGAGUUUCAGCCUCAUAGAGCCAUUGAUCCAGUGGAAGCAACCACGGUCGUGGUCGUAUCGAUUGUCGUCACUCUGUUCUUCGACGUUCCUAUGCAAGAAAUCAAAAACGUGGUAAUGGAAAGUACCGAUGCAUUGUCGACGGAUGUCCCCAGCAAAGAAACAUCCUCCGAGACUCAGGAGGAGAAAAAGCAAGUGAAAAUAGGGGAAAUCGAGGAGAAGAAGGUUUUCGAAGAAGACGAAAUAUCCUCCACCGGAUGGGACUGGCAGAGAGACAUAGUGGACGGUGGGGUAAAGUACAGUCACGAGGUGGUGGAGGAUGAGGAACAGGUGGAGCUGCCGAUCCUGAAGAAGGCAGGUGGACGAAGGAGAUCGUUCAUCGGUCACGAUUCGGAGACGGAGGAGGCGAUUCCAGCUUGGGAGUGGAUCAAGGAAUCGAACAGAAGAUUAUCGAAAGACGACGAGGAGUACAGAAGAAGAGGAAGACGAAGCAGAAGCAGUCAAAGGGAUUACGAGGAGCCGGAGGACGACGCGCUGGAUCUCUCCAGGAUGCAACAGGAGCGAGAAGAAGCUAUUAAGCGAAGCAGACGCUCGCUCUCCAGGAGUCUCGACGCUAAGAGAUUGUCAACACGGGAGAGCGAGAACGAGGAGGAGUACGAGAGGAGGAGAGACGAAGAGGAGGAGGAGGAAGAUCCGAGACGUUACAGAGGGAGAUCCGAAUCCAGAGGGAGAUCCGUGAUUAGGGAAUCGGACGAUUAUCGUUCGUGGGAGUUGGUCGGUAAGGAACGUUCAUCCUCCAGAGGUCCGGACUCUAAAAGGCUCUUCAGCAAAUCGGAGGAACGCGAGCCCGCGCAAAGACAAACAAGAGCCCAUCCCUCGCUCUUGAAACCCGGCGACGGCAGGCGAGCGUUCUCCUCCGAGAGCGAAGACGAGCUUUCCUCGCAGCGUAGGAAAAUCGAAAAAAGACAUCCUGCCGUGGAGCCGAGGAUAAGCGACGAAGAGGAUUGGGAGAGCGAGUUGAGGAUACGUAGGAAACAAUUUAUGGAGAAGCUGACGACGCAGCAGCACCAGCCGGGCUCCUACGAAGACGAGGAAGAUUUAAGUUCCUUGAGAAGGAGAUCAUCGGCGGAGGGGAAGAUAGCCCUCCUCAAGGAUCCCUCGGCGAACGACAACAUGGAUUCAUGGACGAUCAGUGUGGGCUCGCGGGUGGCUCAGCUCGGUUCGUCCCAAGAGCGUAGCGAGCCCGAAGAGGACGCAGCGUACGCUCGACGAAGGGAGUACCGUGAACGUGCUCCACCUCCCAGGGAAGAGAUUCCAAGCGAGGAAGAGCCUACAUGGGACGAAUCGCGAAGGCGAUCUUACACCAGCAGUAGUCAGAUCACCUCCGUAGAGGAGGACGAGGACGUAGCCGAGUUCAACUUUGUCCUGACAAAGGACAGCAAGAGAAUAUCGGUCCAGGACCUCUCCAAACUACCCCAGGAUGACUCUGAUCUGGCAGACUCUGGGUGGAACGUUGUAAAGACCGAGGGUAACGAAGGCGUGCCCAAGGCUGGCUCCAUGGGACUGUUCAAGAGGGAGUCGAUCGUGAAAAGUCAGGCAAGCGAGGAGGAUCCCGAGUACCUUCUUCCAGAAAGGCCUAAGCUGGUGCAGCAGGAAAGGGAACAUCCCUUCAAGAAGGCUUGGCAGAUGCAGAAAUCCCGGUCAGAGGAGGACGGCUCCGCGUACGUCAUCAAAGAGUCCAAGGAACAACCGAAGGAGAAGUUGAAGAAGGAGGUUCCUGAAGAGAAAAAGGAAGCCGGGGGUGAACAGUACGAGGACAUGGGCGCAUUCGCGGAUGAUGAGUCUGAGUCCGUCAGUCUGGCACGCAGCAGGAGCACGGACACGGAGGAAAACACCAGGACCAGCUCGAAAUCCGAGGAGACGGAGUCGGUGGAACGGAGCGACGCGAGCAUCGAAGCUAACAAAGCUAAUUCGAGAUCAUCGGACGCGGAGGAGGACUCUCUGAGGCUUAAUUGGCCGUCUGAGGAGGAGCAGUCGGAUGUUUAUAAAACAGGAGCGAGGAGCAAAUCGGAGGAGGUGGAGUGGAGCUGGGAACGGGAGGAGACUUGACAAGAAAUAGAUAAUAAACGUAAAUAUAACGAGGUCAAUUAUGCGACGGGGGAAAAGGAAUUGUGCAGGAUCGUCGGGAACCAAGUUUCGAAGGAUAACGCGGAUCCUGAGAGAGACGACGAUCGAUACGUACAUUUGUAUUGCCUUUUGAAGCAGUGGCGCACUCAGGAUUUUUAUCCUGCAGCGACUCUAGUUGAACAAAUAAAAAUAUUUUUAAUACCACGCAAAUUUGAAGUUCAAUUCUGUAUUUUGAAAAAAUAAAAUCUUUUACUGCAUUUUAUAAAUUAUGUUAUAAAUAGAUAAUUCGUAAUGAUUUAUAAAAUUUAUAGAAAUAGGAGGUAUAAAUUAGAAAAGGAAUUUGAACCGGGAUUUUUGGAAAAUUUUUUAGUAGUUUUUUAUUCUAGUGUUUUUUGGUACUCUGAGUGCGCCACUGUUUCAAAGUGUGUAUUUUUAUCGGGGAACGAUUUCCACAGUUUUCGAUUUUCUGUUUUUCUCGAAUUCAACAUCUUCAUAUGUACCGAAUGUGUUGUUAUUAUGCAUUGAAUGUAACUGUGGAACUAGAUAUUAAAAUGUUAUGGAUAUCGAAACCGAUGCAAGUAAUUAUUUACAUUAACACGUUCGCUAAGUGUGGAUUACGUGCUUUUUAAGUAGAAUUCGAGGCGUGACUUUUUCAUUAUUUAUAUUGCGGUGUAUUUUGAACUGGGUGCUGGUAGCGAACGCGUUAAUUAUAAAUGACGAUUAGAUUUUGAACAAAAUGUCAAAUAAAAAUUAUGUUCAUCUUUUA